AUGGGCAGGUGUAGAGACGAGGCUUCCUGGUUACUGUUGUUAGCCGGGUUGGUGCUAACAGCUAAAGCUUUGGAGUAUGAGGGUGUUCCUGGGCAGUGGACCCGCUAUGGCCAGUGGGAUGCCAAGGCGACAGGUGAGCUGAGCUUUAUCCUCAAAACCAACAUCAGCAAAGCCCUCGUUCUCUAUCUGGAUGAUGGCGGGAACUGCGACUUCCUGGAGCUUCUCAUCGCAGACGGGAGGGUCCACAUGCGCUUCACCAUCCAUUGUGCCGAGCCGGCCUCCCUGCACACCGAGACGAGAAUCAACGACCUGCGCUGGCACAGAGUCCUCCUCUCCCGUAACCACAGAGAGACACGGCUGGUGGUGGACAACGAGGAGAAAGUGGCUGAGGUGAAGUCCAAGAGAAAAGAGAUGGUGGUGGCCAGCGACCUGUACGUAGGGGGGAUCUCCCCCGAUGUACGUCUGUCCGCGCUGACGUCCAGCACGGUUAAGUACGAGCCACCAUUCCACGGCCUUAUAGCCAAUCUGAAACUAGGGGAGGCGCUACCGUUACUUCUGGAUGGCCAAGCUGUCCAUAGUGAUUUGGAGUACAUAUGUGCCAUACACUCUCCAUGCAACAAAGGUGUGUGCUCCGUCAGCCAAGGAGAGGUCCUCUGUGACUGUAUCAACACCAGCUACAGGGGAAGGUACUGCCAUGAAGGGCAGGAGGAGUCAGUGGCCACCUUCAAAGGCAAUGAGUACUUCAGCUACAACCUGUCCCUGACUCCCAUCCAGAGCAGUUUGGAUGAGAUCACGCUGUCCUUCCGCACCCUGCAGAGGAACGGCCUGCUGCUCCACACCGGGAGGUCCGCUGACUACGUCAACCUGUCCCUGAGGAACGGGGCUCUGUGGCUGGUCAUCAACCUGGGCUCUGGUGCCUUCGAGGCCCUGGUGGAGCCCUCCAAAGGAAAUUUCAACGACAAUGUCUGGCAUGAUGUUCAAGUGACGCGCAACCUCCGCCAGGUGACAAUCCUGGUGGAUGGGAUUCUCACCACCACAGGCUACACCCAGGAGGACUACACCAUGCUGGGCUCCGAUGAUCUCUUCUACAUCGGAGGCAGUCUGAACACGGCCGACCUGCCAGGCUCCCCGGUCAGCAACAACUUCCUGGGCUGUCUGAAAGAUGUGGUCUACAAGAAUAAUGAGUUUAGACUGGAGCUGUCACGACUGGCUGAACAGCGGGAUCCAAAGAUCAGUAUCCAUGGCGACCUGAUAUUCAGCUGCGAGGACGUGGAGGCCCUGGAGCCGAUCACCUUCGACACUCCCUCUGCCUUCUUGACUUUACCCAGGUGGAACACAAAGAAGACGGGCGCCAUAUCUUUUGACUUCCGCACCACGGAGCCCAUGGGCCUGCUGCUGUUCAGCCAUGGCAGUCUGCAGGGCGCGAUGCCAGACAAACCCCGCGCCGACUUCUUCGCCAUCGAGCUGCUGGACGGGUUCCUCUUCCUGGUCAUGGAUAUGGGCUCUGGCAGCAUCAAGAUGAAGGCCAGUAACAAGAGGCUGGAUGAUGGCGAGUGGUGCCGUGUGGACUUCCAGAGGAGGGGUCGUAACGGCUUCAUCUCCGUGAAUAGCCAGAGCAUCCCCUUUGCUGCUAAUGAAGGCAGCGAGAUCCUGGACCUUGACGGGGACAUGUAUCUCGGGGGGUUACCUGAGGAUCGGCAGGCCCUCAUGCUGCCCCCCGAGGUGUGGACCGCCUCCCUCAGCCUGGGCUAUGUGGGCUGUGUGAGGGACCUGUUCAUAGACGGACAGAGCCGUAACCUGUGGAGGCUGGCGGAGGUUCAGAGCGCCACAGGUGUGAGCAGCUUCUGCACCAGAGAGACCCACAUCAGGUGUGCCAGAGACACUUGUGCCAACGGCGGACACUGCAGGGAAGGCUGGAACCGACACAUCUGUGAAUGCAACGGUACCGGCUACCUGGGUGCUAGCUGUGAGAAGGAGGCCACGAUGGUGAGCUACGACGGCAGCAUGUAUCUGAAGGUGCUGCUGCCAAGGACACUCCACACAGAGGCAGAGGACGUGUCCCUGCGCUUCAUGUCCCUGAGGGCCUUUGGCCUGCUGGUGGCCACCACCUCUCAGCAGUCAGCGGACACACUGCGUCUGGAGCUGGACGGAGGCAGAGUGAAGCUCACUGUGAACCUGGAUUGUAUCAGGAUAGACUGUAAUCUCAGCAAGGGUCCAGAGGUACUGUUGGUAGGCGAGAAGCUGAAUGACAAUGAGUGGCACACCGUGAAGGUGGUGCGGCGUGGGAAGAAUUUGCAGCUCUCUGUGGACAAUGUGACAGUGGAAGGCCACAUGACAGGCGCCCACACCCGCCUGGAAUUCAACAACAUCGAGACGGGGAUCAUGACAGAGCGGCGGUUCAUCUCCGUGAUGCCUUCCAACUUUAUCGGCCAUCUGCAAGCUCUCUCCUUCAACGGGAUGCUGUAUCUGGACCAGUGCAAGAACGGAGACAUCUCCUACUGCGAGCUGAAUGCUCGGUUCGGCAUGAGGCACAUUGUGGCCAAUCCUGUGACUUUCACAGCGCAGGCCAGCUAUCUGGCCUUCUCCACCUUGCAGGCCUACAUCUCCAUGCACCUCUUCUUUCAGUUCAAGACCACCAGUCCUGACGGGCUGAUACUUUACAACUCUGGAGAUGGUAGUGACUUCAUCGUGGUGGAGCUGGUCAAAGGGUACGUUCAUUAUGUUUUCGACUUGGGAAAUGGGCCGUCGCUAAUGAAGGGAAACUCUGACAAGCAACUUAAUGACAACCAGUGGCACAAUGUGAUGAUCUCCCGGGACAACAGCAACGUGCACAUCCUCAAGAUUGAUUCCCGCACCGUCACCCAACACGCCAAUGGAGCCCGCAACCUGGAUUUGAAAGGCGAGCUGUACAUUGGUGGUGUUGGGAAGAGCAUGUACAGCAGCCUGCCGAGGUUAAUAGCAUCCCGGGAAGGGUACCAGGGCUGCCUGGCGUCUGUGGACCUGAACGGGAGACUCCCCGACCUGCUGGCCGACGCCCUUCACAAGGUCGGAGAGGUGGAGCCCGGCUGUGGAGGCCCCAGCACCACCUGCACCGAGGACUCCUGUCAGCACCAGGGAGUGUGUCUGCAGCUGUGGGAGGGCUUCUCCUGCGACUGCACCAUGACCACCUACGGGGGGCCGUUCUGCAAUGACCCUGGGACCACGUACAUUUUUGGGAAAGGGGGGGCUCUCAUCACUUUCACCUGGGCCCCCAAUGAGCGGCCGAGCACCCGAGCCGACCGGUUAGCCGUGGGCUUCAGCACUCAGCAGAAGGACGCCAUCUUGGUGCGAGUGGAGAGCACCCAUGGGCUCGGAGACUAUCUUCAGCUGCACAUAGAUGAAGGAAAGAUUGGUGUCAUCUUCAACGUGGGGACAGAUGACAUCACCAUCGAUGAGCCUGCUGUCAUUGUAAAUGACGGCAAGUACCAUGUAGUGCGCUUCACACGCAGCGGAGGCAAUGCCACCGUCCAGGUGGACAGCAAUCCGGUUAUUGAGCGAUAUCCACCAGGACACUAUGAUAAUGAACGACUGGCUAUUGCUAGACAAAGAAUCCCAUACAGACUUGGUCGGGUAGUUGACGAGUGGCUACUCGAUAAAGGGAGACAGUUGACCAUCUUUAACAGCCAGGCAGCCAUUAAAAUUGGCGGUCACGACAAGGAUCGGCCCUUCCAGGGUCAGAUUUCAGGGCUCUACUACAACGGUCUCCAGGUGCUCAAGCUGGCAGCAGAGAACGACCCCAGUGUUCAGGCGGAGGGGAACCUGCGUCUGGUCGGGGACUCGUUCUCUGUUUUGACCACCGACAUCACCUCCGCCACCCCGCUGGCAGUGUCCGAUAUGUCCACCACAAUCAUGGAGACCACAACCACCAUGGCUACGACCACCACCCGCAGACAGAGGUCGCCCAGCUUGAGCGAGAGCAUCUCAAAGCCGCAGAACUCUGAUGACAUUUUGGUGGCAUCAGCCGAGUGUCCAAGUGAUGAUGAAGACCUGGAAGAGUGUGAACCAGGAACAGGAGGUGAAUUAGUGUUGCCUAUUAUAACAGUGGAUUCCCUUGAGCCCCCAUCUAUCGCCACCCGUUACCCCGUCAUCCCUCCUCCCCCUACCCUCCUCUCCCCACUUGACACCACCAAAGAGUCCCUGAUACUCCCCCCUCACCCUUCCUGCCCCCCGGACCAGGAAGACUGUGGUGACCCUGUGGAGGUGUCGGCUUUCGGCUCUGGGGAGAUGACAGAAUCGGAUGACGAGGACUUUUACAAAAAUAACUCCCCCAUGGUCACUGACAGGACAGUUCUUCCUCCACCUCCCACCGAUGGUGAGGGUAGAGUCCAGAAACCCCACCCCCUACCUCCUUAUGUUCCCACCACCAACCCUGACAAGCUCCACAUCCCCGCAGGCAAAAUGAACACCCGUGACCAGGUGCUUCUGCCUCCUGCUCCUCCUUCCUCCCGAAACACACCAGGACUAACUUACCCCCCCAAUUUCCCCCAUGUGCCCACAGCCAACCCCGCAGUCUCUGAUGAAAACAGCCAGCCGGGUGCCGUGGAGGUGAUCAGGGAGUCCAGCAGCACCACGGGGAUGGUGGUUGGUAUCGUGGCUGCUGCUGCUCUCUGCAUCCUUAUACUCCUCUAUGCCAUGUACAAGUACCGCAACCGGGACGAGGGCUCCUACCAGUCAGACCAGGGCCACAAUUUUGCCAACAAUUCCACUGUGGAGGACAACGGAGCAGUGAUCAAAGACAAAAGCACAGCAACGGCCUCUGUGGCCAAGGCAAACACAAAGGGCAAAAAGAACAAAGACAAAGAAUAUUACGUCUGAGAGCGGAGUAGGAGAGAAGUGUGGACUGAGACAAGAGGAUGAGAGAGAGAUGAUGCUUUCGUUUCGCUCCCCGGUUUUGUCAUGAGAGAAAUGUUCACAGGCCACAAAAAACAACUGCACAAAGCGAGGCUUGCUUUUUUCAUUUUUCUCAAAAGUCAAGGUUUGCCCAACUACUGUCAAUUAUAAAAAUCCUCCUCUACAGCACAAGAUCUGAAUAAUUAUCCGGGUCAUAAUGUGCACCCGGUCUGCGUUCACCUGUUCUUUGUUAGUGUAUUAUUUUUUUCUAAAGAUGUUUUCAACAGGAUAUGAAGAGGCAUACCCAUUUUGGCUUUGUAUAUAGCAUGGUACAGUGGAGAAAGUGCGAGAACAUCUGGACAGAUUUGUCUAAAUGUCUUCUUUGUACCUCUUUGUAACGCUCUAUCUCAAGUCUCAAUGUCCCCAUCGUGAUAUGUGAAGCAGAACAGGGCAGUUAUUGAAUUUUUACGGUAGAUGAGCAGAAAGCCCCCACGUUAUUCUGACUACACUCGAAAUGAAAGCACUUUUAUUUGGAUAAGACAUCAUCUCUGCAGUCUCAUUGUUAUGUUAGGUGGUUUUAAAAUUCCCAGGUCACUCUGCCUCUGUCCAUGAGAGUUGGUAUUAUGUUGCUGGUGCAGUAUCAUAAAUGAAGCAUAUUUAGCUCUCCUGGAGAAAAAGACGGCAUUCAAAAAGAGGAAUUAUGAAACACUCUACGUUCUCCGGCCAGUGAACCUUAUAGUAUGAUGGAUCAGAAAUGUUAUUUAUGUGAGAUCUCAGUCAGGAUAAAUGUGAUAAAGUCAGUCUACACCAGUGAAGGUAUUUCUCUGUAAACAUUGCUUGUAUGUACAUAUAGAGGUUAGCCAAUUGAAAAAGCAUUGUGUCCGCUGGGGAACAGGUAUGAAGAAGAAUAAACGUCUGAGAUGCUCUGCCCCCCCCUCACACUCUAUCACAUCAGAACCGCUGCCGCCCGAACUUCACAGGAUCUGUAGGAAAACAGAAACACAUUUGAGGAAGCAUUUCUUCUUGGAAAGGGAGAAGCAUCUCGUCUCACCAGAGGCUGGCUCACGCUUGAUCUCUAUCUUUCUCAAAACUGUCACGGGAUCAUUCAAAAAGCACACGGAAAAUGUAAACAUAUAUUUGAGACAUACAUACUCCUUGUAAAGCAGCCAAACAUGUAUUGUUUUUUCUAUCAGUUACUAAGAGACUAUUCUAUGAGAUGAAUAAUUGAAGGUUUGUGAAUUGUAUUGAUAUUUCGAUGUAUCUUGUUACCACUCCUCUUAACACAUACCAUUUUAGAUUGCCUUUUACUUAAAUCCAGACAAGAAGCACACUUUCCUCUGAAAGCUGCAAAUAUCUUCUGUUUUUGCAUUAUUGACGGUUCAGAUUAUGCAGAGAAAACACAAGGAUGGAACAAACGAAUGUUUUGUUUUGUUGCAUUGUGCAUUUUAUAUGUGCUGAAUCUGUUACUCAAUGGAUCUGAAAAUAUAAAGCCAUUUUCUCUGUUGAGUUAUGUCUACAUUUACUUAUUCAUGCUCUGUGAUUUCCUGUUAUUUUUUAUGAAAGUGCCAUUCAACAUGAGCUGCUCAGCACUCAGAAAAUAUUCCAUUCCUCACUCAUUGCUAUUGUAUAGUGUUCAUGUGAAAUGGAUCUUAAUAUGUGUACAGAACGUGGAUAAAGAUGAAAAUACACUUGAUUAUAUACUUUGUACACA